CCGAACCUCACCGGCAUUUCCCGGAACUGUGUGCGGCAAAUGUACAGGAGGAAACACAUGGUCAGGCACGCUGAUCAACUGCAUAAUAUAGAUCAAAAUAUUGUAUUAAACAUCUGCCUGCUUUACAUCCUAAUUGAAUAUAGUAUAUUUUAAUAGCCCGACGAGUUAUCUCUGUUCGUUCAUCAUGCCGUUGAUGUGCUACAACAAAGGUUGCGGAAAACGAUUUGACCCAGACGACAACCCUGGUGAUGCCUGUACCUUUCACCCUGGUGUGCCUGUUUUUCACGAUGCUCUUAAGGGCUGGUCCUGCUGCACGAGACGCACCACAGACUUCUCAGACUUCCUCAGCAUAGAGGGCUGCAGCAGAGGUGUCCAUAACAGAGAGAAGCCAGCGGAACCGAUCAUGCCGGAGGUGACCAGCUCCGAGGGGAGGAGAGAGAAGGGGGAGGAGCUAAAGCCUCGCGGUGACACCUAUAUCAUUCAGGCUCCUAAACCACUGGAGCUGAUACACAGACCCAGUGGUGAGGAGCCCCUGGUCAGACUUCAGCAGAAGGUGUUCUCCUCCCUGAGACAGGCUCUGGAGAAGCUCCAGCUGGCCGAGAACAGCCAACCUCACAACACAGAGGAAGAGGGGGAGGAGGUGAAGAUUGGCACGUCCUGUAAGAAUGGAGGCUGCUCCAAGUCUUUCUCUGGUCCAGGGAGUGACGAGGAAUGUAAACACCACCCUGGAGUCCCUAACUUCCACGAGGGGAUGAAGUUCUGGAGCUGCUGUAGGAGGAAGAUGUCUGACUUUAACUGUUUCCUGGCCCAGGAGGGCUGCGCCACAGGAAGUCACCUCUGGAGGAAACCAGACCAGGGGAUGAAGGUGGUACCGUGUAGGUUUGAUUGGCAUCAGACUGGCAGCCAGGUCAUCAUCUCGAUCUAUGCCAAGAACUCUCUACCAGAGCUCAGCUAUGCGGAGGCCAACGGCACCACGGUGGCCAUACGUGUGGUCUUUGAGGGAGAGAAGGAGUUUGAGCAGAAGAUCAACUUAUGGGGGGUGAUCGAUGUGAGUAGCAGCGUGGUGAACAUGAUGUCUUCCAAGAUGGAGAUCUCUAUGCGGAAGGAGGAGCCAAUCACCUGGGCCCGUCUGGACCUGCCCUCUCCCACAGACACACCCACUGAGGGGGGGAAUGGGAUGGGAAAGGGGGAUGCAUAGAACUAGACAGAGAAUGAUAUCAAUCACAUGGUACAUGCUCCACCCAUAUGUUUUAAUUAACCUGUUGAAGGUAGGCUGAGAGCAGUAGGCUGAGAGCAGUAGGCUGAGAGCAGUAGGCUGAGAGCAGUAGGCUGAGAGCAGUAGGCUGAGAGCAGUAGAUAUACCGUACAUACGCGGGACUUUCUGUAUUUAUUUGGCUGCUAGUGACACCAAAUGUUCCAAGACAAUGACAUUCUACUCAGAAUGCGGAGGCUGAACUUCACUGAAACCAUCAGGUCUUCCUACUGAAACACAAUAACCAUCAGGUCUUCCUACUGAAACACAAUAACCGUCAGGUCUUCCUACUGAAACACAAUAACCGUCAGGUCUUCCUACUGAAACACAAUAACCAUCAGGUCUUCCUACUGAAACACAAUAACCGUCAGGUCUUCCUACUGAAACACAAUAACCGUCAGGUCUUCCUACUGAAACACAAUAACCAUCAGGUCUUCCUACUGAAACACAAUAACCGUCAGGUCUUCCUACUGAAACACAAUAACCGUCAGGUCUUCCUACUGAAACACAAUAACCGUCAGGUCUUCCUACUGAAACACAAUAACCGUCAGGUCUUCCUACUGAAACACAAUAACCGUCAGGUCUUCCUACUGAAACACAAUAACCGUCAGGUCUUCCUACUGAAACACAAUAACCGUCAGGUCUUCCUACUGAAACACAAUAACCGUCAGGUCUUCCUACUGAAACACAAUAACCGUCAGGUCUUCCUACUGAAACACAAUAACCGUCAGGUCUUCCUACUGAAACACAAUAACCGUCAGGUCUUCCUACUGAAACACAAUAACCAUCAGGUCUUCCUACUGAAACACAAUAACCAUCAGGUCUUCCUACCUCCUCACUUGAUAAGAGAUGCAGGCAGCUAUCACCAUAGCAUCCCUCAUCAGGAUCUGUAGCUAAGGAGCAAUUGGGGACAGCCAAUCAGAAUGUAAAGUGUUCUGAACACACCAGAGGACGGGCUCAUUGUAAUGGCUGGAAUGAAUUGAACAGAAUAAAAUGUGGUUUACUUUUUCAUUUAUUCCACACACGCAGUCCUGUUCUUUGUCAAUUGUAAUUGAGACUAUUUGUGCCAUUUAUUGAUAUCAGUUGCCUUCCAGAAAAUGUAACCUGUCAAACGAAGUUCUUGCUUUAACAGUCUUUGUUUUGGGUUUGAAUUGUUUUACAGCACUUCUGAGAUCUGUGAUUUAGUUUCUCUUUGCUUUCUGUAGUUAGCUUUAUUUGCCUUGUUUUGUAUGAAAACAAUGUGCUCUCCCACAAACGUAAUAAAACUCUGAUCCUACAUUGUAA